AUGCGGCGCCGGCGCCAUCGUCUCCUGGUAGCGCUGGCUGCGCUAGCGCUGUGGACGAGCGUCGCGAGGACGAGCUUCUCUGCGCCGUCGAAAUUGUCCACCACCUUCGACGAGCUCUGGACAUUGCUUGCGACGCGCCAGGAAGCAGUGGUGGACGGAGUGGACGCCUCCCUGCAUCAGCUGUCGGCACCCAGUAGCCGCAGGGCCUGGCAGCAGCUGGCAGAGCUGGUCACGGCGCAGGAAACCCCAGAGGCGUUGGAUGGUUCCAAGUAUGUGAGCCUCAGGUUGGAUGGUUGCAUGUUUGGCCGCCUCACCCGAGACCUUCGUGACAUUGGCCUCAUAGGGCCUGGCUACUCCGAGGAGAUUGGAGAAAUCAUGCGGCUGUGCUGCCGCGCCAUGAUGGAUGAAUUCAAAGGCAGCGUGGCCUAUACGCACAGCGAUGAGAUGACGAUCCUGAUGUUUCCCCGGACCAUUGGUCGUGGUGGACAACCCUUCGAAUGGCCUCAUAAAGGACGGAUUCAGAAGUGGGUCAGCAUCGGCGCCAGCCUGGUGACGGCGCUCUUCAACCGACGCCUGGAGCGCUUGGCGCAGCAGCGCGGCGUGGCGCUGCCCGAGGAUGUCGUGGCGCACUUCGAUUGUCGCGCUGGACUCUUCGACACGGAGAAGGAGGCGUUGUCGCUGAUCUUGUGGAGAGCCUAUGACUGUAGUGUGAACUGCGUGCAAGAUGCCUGUCAUCUUCAGGGCGCUCCAGUAGAAGUGGUACGAAGCGACUUUGGGGAGAAGCUUCGGUGGCUGAAGGAUGCUGAUCUGCUGCCCCUGAAACCACAUCAAGCGUAUGGCAGCAUGUUUGUGAAAGGUGUGGGGCAGUUCAAAGCCAACGUUAGUGGCACCAAUCAGACCGUGCUGGUGACUCGCAAGGUAAACAUCCAGGUGAACGAUGGUGCCACGGGUCCUUGCAACCUUCUAUUGCUGCCACGUAGAGGUGACACCUUGGUGCCGCAGGAGGGUGACAGACGUCUGGAGCUCCGCGAGGGCAGCUACUGGCGUUACGUGGGGCCUUCCGGCACCUCCGAGGAAAGCAAUCGUGAGAGCGACCGGCGAGACUGUCGAGACUUGCCUUUCAGUAAGCAAAAACGAACCUCGCCGGCAUCUCUGGACAAGUUUCACAACCUCAUCAUUGUGAUGGCUUGA